AUGAACUCUAAUCAAAAGGCCACGAUUAUUGAUGUCGAAUCUGAAAAUGACAUCGUUAUUUCUGGCAUCGCCGGUAGAUUUCCGAAAUCUAACAAUUUUAGGCAGCUUGAAGAGAAUUUAUUUAACAAACUGGAUCUUGGAUCAAAUGAGGAACGCCGAUGGAAUCAUGGUCACCCAGAUUUACCUCAACGUAUGGGACUGAUUGACAAUUGCGAGAAAUUCGAUGCAGACUAUUUUGAAAUUCCUUUCAACGAAGUCCAUAUCAUGGAUCCUCAGAGUAGGAUGCUCAUGGAGCAUACGUAUGAAGCUAUCGUCGAUGCAGGAAUAAAUCCGAAAGAUUUAUCUGGAACAAAAACUGGAAUUUUUCUCGCAAUAUGCGUGUCGGAAGCGGAAAAGGUUUGGUUUUUUGAAAAACCACAGAUAGCUGGCGCUGCAGCUUUUGGAUGUUACAAGCCUCUGUACGCAAAUCGGAUGUCUCACUGGUUAAAUAUAACAGGACCAUCUUGCACAUUCGAUUCCGCUUGCAGCUCAAGUCUCAUAGCUUUAGAAAAUGCUUAUAAAAGUAUCCGGACAGGACAGUGUGACGCAGCUAUUGUCGGCGGUGUAAAUCUCUGCAUGCAUCCUUAUAUAUCUUUGCAGUUUGCGCGACUCGAUGAAGAAUGUUUUUAUAUUGACGUUUUGCGCUGUGAAUCCAGGCAGAGUAGUAAUGACGGUUCUAUGAUCAUAAGUGCUACAAAAAUGCAUCCCAAAGAAUUGAGAUUAUUGCGUAGUGAGUUUGAAGAUGAGAAGAAAUGUCGUUUAGCGAUCAUGCCACUAAUAAGAAUUUGA